AUGACGCACUCAAACGACCACCGUGUCCAUUUUGAUAUACCGAUGGACAAUGAGUCAGAGUCUCAAGCACCGUCAUCCAAUGCUGGCAACAACCCGACUACUCCGCCGGUGACUUCAUAUGGUGGCAUGGCAGCCACACUGUCUGCUCCGCUGUACCAGCUGGACUUCAGGUUUGCAGCUCCACCUGCGGCACUGCCAGUGCUCCAACCUGUGUUUAACUUUGGGUUUGAUUCCAGCACCGAUGUACUGAACUUCAGGUUCGAACAUCGGCAACCAACACCACCAGUCUUUCAACCGGUAUUUGACUUCGGGUUUUCCGCCGUCAUCGAGCCACUCCAUCAUUCUUGGACUUCAGAUGGAACACCUCUGUCACCAGAGAUGAUCCACACUGACUGGCAAACCAUUCAACUUUGGAAUGGAUUUGGAUGUGACACCUCAAUGCCAGCAUUUGACUUUGGCUGGAAUCUGUCGCCGACAUCUAUGCCAGCUCCGCCAGUUCAUGUUGGAUAUGAUAUUUCCAAUAGGCAUAUGUCCCUUCUUGAAAAAAUCUUUGCAUUCCAGUUCAAUUGUCAAGUUCCUCCAGCAAAAGGAGGAGAUUGGCAACCAAUCCCAGUGAAAGCGGCUGUCCCGGUGACGGCAGUUAACCCAGCUGUCCCAGUGAAGGCAGCCAUCCCAGCAUCUGCGCCACCCACUCCAGCUCAGUUGGACGUGGCAUAUACGCCGAAGGCACUUCCAAAUGUGGAAUUUGUGUUCCUGCAGAGAAGCACACCAAGCAGUUCCUCUGAUACAUCAGACCAUCGGCCUUCCCUUCAGCGCGUGAUCAGCGAUGCUGAGAGGACAGCGAGGAAUAUCGUUGAACACCUCCAAGGUGAUGAAUUCAAUAAACUUGCGCAGUUGAUGCUGGGCAGCAUCAUCAACCCCGGCGAUGAUGUCCAGCAUCCCAAACCUGAUGAGGUCCUUGACAGCAACUGUGUCAUAUUAUUGGCGUUUUGUGAGAGCAGAAAUAAGUUGACUUGGAUAUUCAAAGAUUUGAUCCAGCUGCAUCACAUGGUGGCGGUGCAGGCCAGAAUUGUUCCAUUGGUGCACUCUCUGUCACAACAGGUGCAGAAAGCAGAGGGAAAGUCUGGCGGUGGUGACUAG